AUGGACUUCUAUCUGUACAUCUCACCCAUCCAAGCCAAAGAAGUACAGGAGAUGAGGGCACUGAGGAUGGUGGCAGUCGAGGAAGUCGCACGGUGUGAAGACUCGUCUUUCCUAUCAGAGAAUUUUGGCCUCACGAAUCAGGUCAGGAUCGACCCUUGGUACUUCAUCGACACCAAACCAGACCUCGCAGAAAUGGGCUUCAUGUCGUGCUAA